AAACAACUAAUUUUUUUUUUAAUCUGAUCUGUUAGAUCUGUUACCCGGAGAUUCUCAAAACGUUUUAAAAAGGUUGUUUAGUCUAUGGCUUUAAUCACCAGGUGGAUCUAAUUUGAGAUUAUUACCAAAAGUAUGGAACAACUGUGAUAGGCUACUACUGAAGAUGAUCUCCUGAAACCACUCAACAAAAAGGACUUACCAAAAACUUUCAGCGAUACAGUCUUUGUCAUCUCAGUACUACGAUAAGUGAUCCGGACAUGGACCGGUACAGGUACUUUGUCUUCAACCAGCGGCAUAUCGUAGUACUGGGGAUCUUACAGGUAACCUGUGCCGGGCUGUGCCUGGUGUGCGGCUGCAUGGACGCGUUCUUUCGUCUGAGUACCACUCUCAGCCGCACUCGGGCUCCUGUAUGGUGUGCGCUGAUAAUGGCAGUGCCUGGUGUGCUGGCCCUGUUUGCCUCACAAAGGAAGAACCCCUUACUGGUGAGCAUUAUGAUGGUGUCCUCGCUGUUCUCCUGUCUCGCCGUGAUGAUUGUAUUCGCAUAUGCUGGUUUGACCCUCAGCUAUGGAGAAGAAGAUGAUGAAAUGUUCGACCAUCAUAUCCCAGACGUGAAGUUUGUGCUGGGUCGAAUGGUGAGGGGGGCCAAUGCCACUCUGUUGCUCUCGGGCAUGGGCUCUCUCCUCUUCUCCAGUCUGAUCACACUGGUCGGCUGUCGGAGUCUGCCCUUCUGUGCCUGUUACGACGGCCGCACAGGCCUGGAGACUCUAGUGCCCCAGACUGACCCCAGCUCAGGCACAGAGCUGGUCUGCACUUGGCAAGCAGGGGGCGAUGAUCGACUCUUCAAUUCACCUGUGUCAUUUGUAGACAGAUGUGUGGAGCAGGAGCAGGAACCUUCCAAACUUCCUCCUUAUGUUAGACUCACCUGAGAGACAAUGCACACUAAAGAAAAAAGGCCAACUGAGGAAGAGUGUUGUGUGUUUGUGAACUCCAGAACUAUGAUGCCUUUAACAUUUCAGUUUAUUUCUGAACGAUGCCUUUAACAUUUCAGUUUGUUUAUCUCAAAUUGCCAUCUAUGUCCAGCCACUGACUACCUCUGAACAUUUAACUGUAGAGGAGUUCCUUUCUGUGACAGUUUGUUUUAAUUGUAAUUCAAAAAUGUAUAUGAAUAUGGACUAUUUAUUGUAUAUAUGUAAGUGUGUUGUGGCCUCACAACAAACACAGCUUAUCAUAUGGUGUCCCAUAACAAAGGCCAGGGGGAAGCCGGUCUGAUUUUGUAUUUAAAAUGCUUUCAUCCUCUUAUGUAUUGUGUGUGUGUGUG